GUUUUUAUUUUAACAAUCUCGUUGGGCACUGUUGAUUGCAUUCUCGAUUCUCGUAUUAUUUAAAUAGGGUGUUAACAAAAGUAAAUGUUAUUGCGGCUUAUGAGGUUAUUGAAUUGUUUUAAUUGUGAAUUAUUGUUUCAUGAUAAGUAUUUGGAAAUGAACUAUACUGCCUGUUGGUGAUGCUUUGUUGAUUUAUUCGUCCUGUCGAAGUUGUUAUUGAGAAGGCUCUGCAAUGAUGGCUGGUUUUACUGAAAGUGCAAUGGUGAAGAAACUUGCCGAAGUAAACAGUUCCCAGCAGAGUAUUCAGACACUUUCAUUAUGGUUAAUACAUCAUCGGAAACAUCACGCAACAAUUGUAAAAGUGUGGUUCAAAGAGCUUCUGAAAGCGGAUUACAGCCGCAAGCUGACGCUAAUGUACCUAGCGAAUGAUGUGAUUCAAAACAGCAAAAAGAAGGGACCGGAGUUUGGAAAAGAGUUUGCUACUGUGCUGAAGAGAGCGUUUGAGAACAUAGACAUUCCAGAAAACGACAAGAAGAUCAAGCGAAACAUUGAAAGACUCUUGCAAAUAUGGGAAGAGAGGGGAGUGUACGACUCAAAACUCAUAAAGGAAUGCAGGAAAGCUCUUGAGUCGCGGGUGACGGCAACGGGGGAGCCCGUGGCGGUGAGCGCGGUGAGUGCCCCCGCCAAGGAGCCGGACAGCGCCCCGCCCAAGAAGAAGGCCAAGGUGGCAGGGGAGCAUGCGCGGGGGGCAGACGGGAAGCGCGGCAGGCUGGUCCGCCCACGCUCCGACAGCGAGGUGGAGGUCGAGGUGGACGGCCGGAAGGAGCUGCAUGUCACGCUGUCGCCGCACACGCCCCUGGGCGACCCCCCGGAGCCGGAGGAGCUCGUCAAGGCCCUGCUGGACUUGGAAUCAUCUGCUUCCAGCGAUGCUGCUGUGAGAGAGAGAAUAGCAAAGUUACCACCAGAAGUGUCUGAAGUUUCACUGCUCUCGAAUUUGACUGACAAGGCGCAGGGGGAGCGGCUGGCGGGCCAGGUGGGCGAGGCGGUCAAGCUGCUCACGGACUACAACGCCAGGCUGGCGGCGGAGAUGGAGGACCGCAAGAAGGUCACCACCAUGCUGCACGACUUCAUGCAGGCCCAGAAGGACCUGCUGCUGCAGGCCGAGCAGAGGAUCGAGGAGUACACAGAGAAGCUUCAGAAAGUGUACGCAGUGAGACAGGAAGUCAAGUCCCACCUGCAGAACCUACCAGAUCUCACUCAGCUUCCGGACGUCACGGGAGGGUUGGCUCCGCUGCCCUCGGCUGGCGACCUGUUCAACAUGCACUGAGGUGAACGCUUUCCAUGUGCUGCAGAAACUACCACCAAUAUAGAUUCUAGUUCCCUUCUUUUGUUGUGUACUCGCAAUAUUACAGUCUGAAUGUCAAGUUGUCUUCUCCGAGUUUACUUGAUGCACAUUGCUGAAGUUCUACAAAAUACAUAGAGCUUGUUGAAUAGUUUCGGAUGACUUAAAAGUAAGAACUUGUAGCUCUUACUCUUAAGUAUACAGCAGCUUCUGUCCGUGAUAAGUAUUCCAUAGUGAUCAGACCAGAAUUGAUUACUGUACUCCAGAGAUUCAUAUUCUCUGAAUUUCAAUUUUAAGGAUUUAUGCUAAGUAUUAAAGUGAGGUAAGAUUCAUUCAUAUUUAUAGUACCUACUUUAAUGCUUUAGAAUAAUGUAAUAUAUUCAAAAACAAGUGAGUGGAAAAUUUUACACUAGGCUUACUAUACUGUUAGUAAACAUAGAACAAUAUACCAAAAAUAUUCUGAGAGAAAUAAUCACACAUUUAAUCCAAUAAAAAUACUUUUUGUUAUUCAUGCACAAAAGAAUAAAUAAAAAUAAUUUGCAUGAUUUCUGUGAAUGCACAGUGAAUGCACAUCUUUAGAUAUUUUAUUGUGUGCGAUUAUCAGUAAGUAUAUUUAUGUCUGGUUUUUGUGUCCUUAUGACAAAAGUAUAUGUUACUAUGUAAUUGAUGUAUGUAAUGAAAGUGGAUAGAAAAAUUUCUGUCUUGAAUAAAAUGCCUACUUUGUUA